GCUUUCAUCUGUUUGCUUUUUGCCUUCGUUUCGUUCGCUUCAAUUUGCUCGCUCGUCGGUACGCGCAUGCCUAUUCUAUUUUGCCAAUACGAAUAUUGUAAAACAUCAAAAUAGGAGCGUGAAUUUUUCAAGAAACACAUAGUUUAUUGUGUUUUGUUGUUAGCGGUGUGGCCGCAGAAUAACCAGCCGAAAAUACAAUCAUUUUUCCAUAAUACAUCUAAUCGAUUGGGUCAGUGAUUGCGAAAAAUCAGGUUACGGGACUUUCUCGUCUGAUCGAUUUUGCGUGCAAUUUGUUGCCGUUUUGUUUGAUUUGUUCGCGUGGAUGCUUGUAUGCUCGCAUAUAAAGUGCGAACUUAACUUUACCAAUAGCGUGGAAAAGUGAUAUUUCCAUGAGACAAAAUUAAUUAUUUAAAUUUGCUAUAAAUAACUUGCGUUCGAGUGAUAACAAAAACAAUUGUUUUGUUGGCAUUCUUCUACAAAGAUUACGCGUUGUGGGAUUUCCGAGUUGGCAACUCGUUUGCCCAUGAAAUAGCAGCGGAAAAACAACAAAAUAGCGCUUGUGAUUGUGGCGCACAUAAUAAAUAUUAUUAAAAGAGAUAAAAUUUGCAUAUUCCAAAGCAUUUCUCAUCAGCAUCCAACAGCGCUUUUGAACGCUUUGUGAUUAUUCGUAUACAAAAAAUUGCAAAAUGUCUGCAGCAGUCGCAUCAGCACCAGCGACAACGACGACAAAAACAGUAAACAAUGCAACAUCGUCAACUACCAACAACAACAACCGCAAUAAUAAUUUAACUAAAACAACAGCAAAAUCUUCGACUACUUGCGGCGAUACGACGAGCAAAGCAGCAAAUAAAAGCAACAAUAAUAACAAUCAGAAAACUGCCUACAGCAGCAGCGGUGGAGGCGGUGGCAACGACACCAACGACAGCAAACAGCAACGCCUCAAAUACAUUGCGAAUGUAGUGCGCGCUCUAGUGACAUCACGCAAGCCACCGUGCAAAUUGCGCGAGGUACUACGCGAGUAUCCAGACAUCGAAGGUGAACCAUUGAAUUUUCGCAAACUUGGCUAUCCCACGGCCAAGGAUUUGUUGAAGGCGACUGGCGAGUUUAGUUUUACGCAAUAUGGUGAAGAGACAUACAUAAAUGCCGCACCUAGCUCAAAAUCGGCACACAUAUCGUCCAUGGUGAGACAGCAGAAGGCGAGCAAAUCGACACGGAUCAAGGUGGCACCACAAGUGAGACAACCGAAACGCUCCGAUCAGAGUUGGAACAAGAGCAGCUACUCAUCAAACGUCUUCCAGCGUUUGCGGACGACGGGUCAACAACAGCAGCAACGUUGGCGCAGUAAUGCGACAGUAGCGGCGGCGGUAGGAACAGGGGUUGGUGAUCGCAAUAACAACAAUAGUCAGCAGCAAAACAAUAAUAGCCGUAAUAACAUAGGGGCCGUCGGCUUACAAACGCAACAGAAAGAGAAGGAGAAAACGCAACUGCCAAAGCAAACACAGCCACAGACACAACAAAAGGCGCAGCAGCAGCCGCAACAACAACAACAACUGCAACCACAGAAAACCCAGCAACAGCAGAAGCAACCAGCUCAGCAGCAGCAGACGCCCUUGCAGCGUCAAAAGUCGGUCGGAUCGACAAAUAAACCGGCUGUCGGUGGCGAAAAGAAGGAUCUACGCGAAAUGUUGAACGCAAAGGCGGCGCAACAACAAUCAAAUGGCGGUGGCGCAGCCAACAAUAUCAAUAAAAUGCCCGCUGGUCAGCCAGAUUUGCGUGAACGCCUGAACGCGAAAAGGCAGCCGCAGCAACAACAGUCGCUCCCAACGCAACCGCGCCCCAUUUUGGGGCAAAAUAACAAUUCGGCAAUAGCGAUUGCUUCGACAUUGAUAUUGGCGCAGCGCGAACAAAAAAUACAGGAGCAACAUCAGCAACAGCGCGCACAGUUGUUAGCGGCACAGCAAUUACGUCAACAGCAGCAACAACAAAAGCAACAGCUGAUACAACAGAACUUGUUGAAGCAACAAGAACUGCAAAUGCAAGCAAAACAAAAGCUGCAGGCUCAACAACAACUGGAAGUGCAACAACAGUUGCAAGCGCAACAACAGCUGCAAGCGCAACAACAACUACAGGCGCAGCAGCAGCAAAUGCAAGCGCAACAGCAGCAACUGCAGGCGCAAAAACAGCAACUGCCGGCCCGACAAGUAAUGAGCGGAGGUGGCAUUGCAAAGUCAGGCGUUGGCAUUGGCUCCGUGCAAGAUCGCUUGCGUAUUCGUAUUAAUAAUAAUCACAAUGGAAAUGAUUUCGCUGCGUCAUCGUCGACUGGCAGCAACACGCCGGAAACGUCUCCAGCGCUAUCAUCGGCUGGCUCUGACAAACUGACGACGCCAAGUCCAUUUGUUGGUUCGGCGGCAAUGCAGCAGCUGCAGCAACAACAACAACCACUAUUCCAUAAGCAGCGCUACAUAGUGAAACAGCAGCAGCUGCAGCAACAACAACAGCAACAGCAGUUUGGCGAGGCCAAUGGCCAGAACGUCAUACCACCACGCGUUUUCCAAUUCAACCCCAAACUCGAUCCUAUCACAUCGCUGACACAGUAUUGUGUGGUACGCCGUUAUGCGCCUCCUGCUUUUAGCGCAAUACGUUCGAAAUUCUCACGCCUCUAUCAGUGUCGUGUCAAUGUGAAUGGCACCAUCUUCUCAACAUACCCCAAUGAAUAUUUGCAUGAACAUCUGGCACAAAUUUCAUGUGCACAAAAAGCCAUUGAGCUAUUGAAAUUGCAAGAGGCAAGACGUCCAUUGCCGUUGUUUUCGGAGGGUGAUGCCGAUCUUAUUGAUAAACUCUACAAUGAGUUGCACCUACAUCCACAUGGCAUAUUUGCUAAAAAUAUACCCGAAAUGUUCGAGGAAGCGUACCAACAGGCAUUGCCAGAACAUUGGUGGACAUUAGUGCAAACGUCGCCCAGAUUCACUACAGAAUCGGCAACCAACAAUGCUGUGAUUGUGUUUGCUAACGAGGAGGCAGACAAAGACAAAGCUGGCGCUACCGGUGAAAUUAUACAAAUGGAUGGCAUUGCUCUACCCUGGAAGCAAAAGUAUUGGCAAUUAUACAUCACAUACUGCGCUUCGACGGUGGAUGUGUGGGCGCGCUUAUUCGGCAAGGAGUAUAGCGAACGUUUCGAUGCAGUUAUGAGUGAAAUCGAUACACACAUGGCCACACAAAAGACACGUCCACUAUCGCUCGCCUGCAAAAAUAUCUACCUGGUGUGCAUCAACGAAUGUUGGCAUCGAGUGCGCGUCGAGGAGCUGGAUAAACCGAAUGCAACAGCGCGGUGUUUCUUCAUCGACUAUGGCGAUAGCGAUUGGGUGGCCGUCAGUGAGUUGUACAUUUGUGAGGCACAAUUUUUACGUUUGCCUGCGCAAGCAGUGCCCUUAUCACUAUUCGGUUUGGAGGAUUUCGCUGGUAAUCCGAAUGCGCGACGCCAUCUUGAUACGAUGUUGUCAAGCAAAUCAGUGGUGGGUGAGAUUUUGACCAAAGAGAGCGAUUUUUACAAUACAGAAUCGAGCGCCUGUGGUAAAAUCCAAGUUGUGUUGUACGAUACCUCAACCGAGGAGGAUGUGAAUUUGAAUCCCUUAUUGCUGAGCCAGAUUUGCGAUGACACACCGCCUCCGGAGAUUAAGCAUAAGGGCGCUACUAAUGUGCUGGUGUCGCAUGUGAGCGAAGACGGUGAUUUGUAUUUGCAGAUACUAAACAGUGACUUCAAAUAUGUGCAGAAAUUAAUUCAACAACUCAUCGAGUCGAAGUUCAAACGCGAACAACAUAAGAUCAGUGCCAGCGAUUUGAAGCGCUCUAAUCUCUUCCUGAUUUGUGAUGAUACAAAUGGCAGCGAGACACAAUGGUAUCGUGGCGCACUAACCGACAUGCCGAGCUAUAGCGCUGAGGACGAGGAAUUUGAUAUAUUCUAUGUGGAUCAUGGUAUAACCCGACGAACGCACAUUUCCAAAAUAUUCCGGUUGGAAUCAUUGAGCACAGCGUUGAGCAAAUUCCCACGACAAGCGAUACGUGCACGUCUACACAAUAUACCGCCCAUAACAAAGAGCAUUGUGGGACGAAUGCGCGCCUUGCUGCCAGCCAAUUGUGCUGCGUUUGUAAAAAUGAACAAACCCGGCAAAUUGCCGUAUGUAACAGUCUAUCGUCGCCAUGAGAGUUCGGAUAUGUUGUGCAAUAUAAACGAGGAUAUACGCAUGGAAGCCGAAUUAGAGUGUUCUACGGCUUCUAAUGGUGAAGAUGAUGAUGUACCCGUUAAUGGCAAACACUAUGGACUCGCUAAGAAUGCUAGUGGCGGUAGCCUGAACUCACCUACAACUCAACAAACAUUUGUCGAAAUGACACGCGGUCUGACGAUCACUACUUCAGUGCCAAAUUCACCACAAAAGGUAGCUGAGCUGCCAAAAUUACAAAACUACGAUGCGAUACCACGUGAUCCAAACGAUUUUCUGGAAGUGCGUGUCACAAUGUCGGCGAAUCCUUCAAAUUUUACGAUUCAACCCUACAAAGACUAUCCACGCCUUCGUGAUCUGAUGAAGGAGUUGCAAGAGUACUGUGAAAAUAAUGAUGAAUUCAUACCGGCUGAUAUGGUGGAAAUAGGACAGGCUUAUGCGGCCAAGAAUCCGGAUGGUUUCUAUCAUCGCGUUGUUGUGGUGAACACCUACAAUGGUGAUAUGAUACACGUUUGUUUCUGUGAUUUCGGUGAUAUAGCUAUUUUACGUAGCGAUCAAUUGAAAAUAUUGCCAGCCAAAUAUCGUCAAUUGCGAAAAAUGUCGAUUCAAGCUAAAUUGCAUGGCAUCACCGCCGCGCAUGGCGACUGGAGUCUGGAAGAUUGUCUACGCUUCCGUCAGUUAACAGUCGGUCAAAAAUUUGUAGCGUCUAUAAAACGUAUUACAUAUGAUAAGCUAGGUUCACCUGACACACCAAUACUCGAGCUGGAAUUGAUUGAUGUGACUACAGAUGAAGAUGUCUAUAUACAUGAGAUAUUAUUGAAGGAGCAACGUGCGAUUAAAAAUGGUGAAGUCGAAAGUAACUAA